AUGAAUUGCUUUUCAUGCUGCAAUUCAGAUGUUGAAAACAAGUCUUAUAAGAAAGAACGUUCCAAAUAUGUUUCCAAAGGAAGGAGGACAUUCAAAUCAUUGGCAGCUGCUAUGUCACUCAAAACAGGUAGCAGCAGACAUAGACAAAUUACUGCAGAGAUAUUAAAAUAUGGAACCGCGCAAAAUGAUGUUAAAGUAUUAACGUAUGAAGAAGUCGCUGAUGCGACAAACAACUUCAGUACGGAUUGUCUUAUCGGAGAGGGUGGAUUUGGGAAUGUUUAUAAAGGAUACAUAAAGAGCCUUGAACAGACUGUAGCUGUGAAGAAAUUGAAUAGGGAUGGGAAUCAAGGAACAAGAGAAUUUUUCGCCGAGGUUUUGAUGUUGAGUAUGGUGAAACAUCCAAACCUUGUGAGGCUUGUUGGUUAUUGUGUUGAUGAUGAUCAAAGGAUUUUGGCUUAUGAGCAUAUGGCUAAUGGAAGCUUGGAAAAUCACCUUCUAGAUAUAGGUGAUAAGGAACCGUUGGAUUGGCAAACAAGGAUGAAAAUUGCUGAUGGAGCGGCGAGAGGACUUGAGUACCUGCAUAAUUCUGCAGAUCCGCCGAUUAUUUUCCGCGAUUUUAAAUCGUCUAAUAUACUAUUAGAUGAAAAUUUUAAUCCAAAGCUUUCUGAUUUUGGUCUUGCUAAGAUUGCUCCAACAGAGGGUGAGGGCUUGGUCUCCACUCGGGUUAUGGGGACUUACGGUUAUUGCGCACCGGAGUAUGCUGCUUCGGGUCAAUUAUCCUCAAAAUCAGAUAUCUAUAGUUUUGGCGUUGUGUUUUUGGAAAUUAUCUCGGGUAGACGAGUUAUUGACCCUGCAAGAUCUGCAGAAGAACAAAACUUAAUCGAUUGGGCACAACCUUUGUUUAACGACCGAACAAAGUUCACGUUAAUGGCCGAUCCUUUGCUCAAAGGCCAGUUUCCGGUGAAGGGACUAUUUCAAGCUCUAGCAGUGGCAGCAAUGUGUCUACAAGAAGAAGCCGAUACGCGGCCUUACAUGGACGAUGUGAUAACGGCUCUUACACAUCUAGCCGUUCACAAGACUGACGAAAAAGACAUCGCGGGUGAAUCUCUAAAAAGUGCUGGACAUGUUGAAUCUUUCAGAGCUCCGAAUUCACUUGGAUCUGAAAGGGCACAUUGA